AUGACGGGCAUGAAGCUUUGCUACUGCACCGACGUCGAAGGCAACAUUGAGUACUUCAACAGAUACGUGGCGCUCUCCGAAGGCGUCUACUACGACGGCGAUGGCCAUCUGGAGCUCCGGCCAGGCUACAUCUUUGUCUUUGGUGGCGACGCGGGCGACAAGGGCCUCGGCACGUUGCGUCUAUAUCGACUGCUCAUCGACAUCAAAACCAAGUACCCGACGCGGGUUGUUCUAAUUGCGGGCAACCGCGACGUCAACAAGAUGCGCUUCACGUCGGAGCUCACGCCGACCGAGUUGGACCUUGCCACAAUGAGCCGAGAUAUCGUAGACGGUCCGCUGUGGGUUCCGACCAACGUGCGCGUCAGUGUCCGAGACUUCUUGUGCAGCGAAGUGCUGCAGCAAUCGCCCGAUACGUAUGUCUCCGCGUCGACGCUGGCCAGUGUCAACACCAAAGUGAACCGAGUCAAGUGGAUGCUCAAGCACACGAUGGGGUCGGACGGCGACUUUGAACGGCGGCGCGUUGAGCUCCAGAGCUCGCAAGGCGGCACCGUCUCGGACGAGGACGUCGUGGCAUCGUAUGUCUCGUCGGUCGAGGCGGGUGGUAUCCUCCGCGAAUACCUACAGCUCUGCGUCCUUGGCUACGUACACGGCCCCAAUCUCUUUGUCCACGGAGGUGUCAUGAACAAAGACGGCGACGGCUGCGUCGGGUAUGUGCCAUCGUCCGCCAAGCCCCGCGACGACCUCUCGAUCACGUCGUGGAUUCGAGCGCUCAAUGCGUGGUACGACAGCCAAUUGGCCGAGUGGAUAGCGCAACCGACGUGGCUGCCAGACCACUCGUUCCGAGGCGGCCAGAGCCUCCAAGCCUACGGGCUUCCGGUUGCUACCCACAGCGUGAUCAACGGCCGCCACUUGUACCCGUCCGGCAUGCCCCGGCUUUUGCCCAAGGACGUCGUUGCACGUCUCUGGCAAGACGGCAUUUGCCGUCUUAUCAUGGGCCACACGCCGCACGGUAUUUCGCCCACGAUUGUCAAGCAGCCGUCGCCCGACGGCGGCGUCUUCGAGACCAUCAUGUGUGACACGAGCUACAGCGAUGCGAGUCGACCGGACAACCGCGGCAACUGCGUCUCGGAGCUGAUCGUGGAAGGCGACUGCGCAGUGUUGCGCGGACACAUUGACACGGCAUCCAUCCACGAGGUCUUUGACUUUUCAACCAGCGACAGCGGCUGUGUCGGGUAUCAGCUGCCAAACAACGGGCCGUGGGUCAAGCUCCGCACGACCGACGGCGCGUACCUGCUGUGUACAAUCACCAAUGGCUUCUCGUACGUCUACGAGGAAAUGGAGGCCGCCGUCGUCGAAUCGCUCAUGACAUCGUCUGUCAAAUAA